CCUAUUUGUACUUCCUUCUGAAACAUUUCCAAGGCUCCCUCCCUACAACAGCAACAUCACCAUGGCCUUUACUGGAAAAUACGAGGUGGAAUCCCAGGAGAACUAUGACACUUUCAUGACACUUAUUGGCAUCCCUGCUGAACAAAUUGAGAAAGGAAGAAACUUCAAGUACACUACAGAGGUAGCCCAGAAUGGUAAUGACUUCACUUGGUCACAAAUCUAUCCAGGAUUCACUCUGACUAACAAAUUCACUGUUGGCCAAGAAAGUGAUAUGGAGACCCAGGCUGGCAAGAAGUUUAAGGCAACCGUUCGGCAGGAGGGUGGAAAACUGGUUGUGGAUUUUCCUAAAUACCAUCACACUUCAGAGAUUGUUGGAGGAAAAUUGGUGGAGACCUCGGCAGCAGGAGGAAUCACAUUUGUAAGGACCAGCAAGAAGGUGGCAUAAAGCAGAAAGCCAUAGAUGGACGCCAAAGCAGUUUUUUAGAAACAAAUAAACUUCAAUUUCCUAA